GUCCUGGGAGCUGUUGGACACAACUGUGAAUAUGGAGGCAGGAGCGUUGGGCGCAAGCAGCAACCUUUCAGCAGAGGGAGAUAACCUGAUUCCAGACUCGAACUUCUACGAUGCCGACAACUAUGACACCCCAGACCCGGGGGUGCUAUUGGAAAACAAUGAGUUUUACUUCCGGGAGCCGCCACAGGUCCAGCAGCUCUUUACCAGCAGCCAGCGAUGGCAGGACAUGACUUUACACACUCGCGCCCGCCAGCUGUGGCUGCUCCUGCGCGCAGGCCUCCACGACCUUGUGGAAAAGGUGAAGACCUCCGAAAUGCGUGCAGCUCGUCUGACACAUGGGCUGGAGCCACUGCGCCGCCUGGAGGUGGCAGCUGGGCUGUACUCGGUGGCACAAGACCCAGAGGGCGGGCGUUUUGUGGUGCUGGACGGCGCAGGACACCUGCACCUGCAUAGAAAGGACGGCUGGGCACAACAGAAGCUAAGGGCCCCUGUAGCACUUACGGGACUGGUGGCUGUGCCAGUACCUCUGGGAGCUGUGGGCCGCUUUGUAGGCUGGGGUCCUGCUGGGCUAGCCAUAUUGGGCCCAAACCUCGGCCUGCUGUGGCCGAGCCAGAUAGGGAUGGGCAUUGCACCAGGACAUGAGCCCAUUUGCUGCCUGCCAGUGCCCAAACUGGGUCUGUUGCUUGUAGCUGAGAUGAGUGGUGGCCUGGCACUCUGGAAGUUCCGUUCAGGUGGCCGCCGCCUGGUACAGUGUGGGUCAAUUGUUCAGCCACUGCCAGGCAUAGAAGGCACACUCAAGAGGCUGGCUCUGGGGCCAGCACCUGCCCAACGCAGCCUACAUUGCUUUGCAGCCUACGGCUCAGCGGUGCUCACUUUGGAUCUGCACAGCUGGGCUCUUAUCCAUGUGUGCCGGGAUCUGCACAAGACUACCAUCUCAGACCUGGUAUACUGCAAGGAGGUGGAGGCAGUGGUGACAGCUUCCCGAGACAGCACAGUGAAGGUGUGGGAGAUGGACUGGCAGAUCCGGAUGGUGUUUGUGGGCCACACAGGCCCUGUGACAGCUAUGACUGUGCUCCCAAAAACCACAUUGGUGGUGUCGGCCUCGCAGGAUGGGACGCUGCGCACAUGGGACCUGCAAGCUGAGUUGCAAGUGGGUGAAGCAGCCCUGUGCUACGAAAGGCAGGACGCGCUGUCCUGGCGUGUGAACCGCUUGUUAGCGCCUGCAGGCACUGGCUGGCCGGUGCUAUCUCUGUGUGCCAGGAGUGUAGAGCUGUGGCAAGUGCGUGAACUCUACUCGACGCUGGCUCAGCUGUCUGCGCGGGUGCUACACCUAGAGGUAGCGCCCCCGCUGCCCACACCUGUAAACCCCUUGCUGCCCACACGCCUCGUUUGUGCAUGCGCAGAUGGUUCAGUCCACCUGGUGUCCGCCGCAUCGGGACGCAUGGUGAAUACCCUGUGGCUUGACCCGGAGGACUGCGCGGCUGCGGUGGCCUACUGCCUGCCACGGGAGGCGCUGUGGCUCCUGACGCAAACCGGCCAUCUGGUGCGAGUGAAUGCAGCGUGCUGCCCCAUGAGUGUGUUGCAUCGCGUAUGCCCGUCUUUGCCCCCUGCAUCGAAGCCCUGCUGCCUGCACCUCUACAGCCACCUCACUGACCCCGGCACUGCCUUCUCUUGCUGGGAGGUCGUGUGCCAACACGGGGGCGACCCACGCCGCUGCGCUAUGGCCUGGUCCUGGAAGAACAAGAACCGGUACCUGCCUGUGAUGGGUCACACAGAUGGCACGCUGUCCGUGCUGGACUGGCUCUCUUCGAAGACCGUCUUCCAUAUAAAAGCACACAGUCCAGGCUCGGUCACCGCCAUUGGGUCCACCUAUAACAACAUCGUGUCAUCCGGUGGAGACAGGACCGUGAAGGUAUGGCGCAUCUUCCCCUAUGCUGAAGAGAGCCUGAGCCUGCUGCACACCUUUUCCUGCUGUCACCCAGUUGUGAGGCUCUGUGCACUGGGCAAUCGAAUCACUGUAGGCUUUGAGGAUCCAGCCAGCGCCACCUACGGCCUGGUACAGUUUGGCCUGCGUGAGGGCCAGCGCUGUGACCACCGGCCCCAGGAUGACCCGAUGGACCACAUCACUGGGCUAUGUUGCUGUCCAACACUUAAACUCUAUGCCUGUGCCAGCCUGGACUGCACUAUCCGCAUCUGGACUGCAGAGAACCGCCUACUGCGGCUCCUGCAGCUGGAUGGUGCCCCUCAGGCCCUGGCUUUCUGCAGCAACAGUGCAGACUUGGUGCUGGCACUGGGCUCUAGCCUCUGCCUAGUGUCCCACAGGCUCUACCUUCCCACAUUCUACCUGGUCCAGAAGCUGCAUCAGAAGGCCCUUGCUGUGGUGGAUGAUCCUCCUCUACCACUGAUCAACCAGGAGUCACUGACCCCCAUGCAACUGCAGAGGCUCACCAACUUGCAGGGCAUGGCCAGCCUCAGUGUGGAUUUUCCCUUCAUCCACCACCACAUGGCAACACCUCAGCAGCCAGUGGUGAAGGAGGACUUGGAGGCCCUACAGACCAGAGAUCGAGACCUUCAGCAGUUGAAGCUAGGGCUAGUAGUCCCAGUGGCUCAGCCUCCACCUUCCUGGAAACAGCAUCAGGAAGCUUUUGAAAAUUAUCUGUAUCUGAUCUAUGGCCCUGCCCUGCUGGGUAUUCAGUCUGGAAGGGAUUCACAGCAGUGGAACACCUUGGCCUUCACCACAAAGACAGACUCCCAGGACGAGAAUGCUUUAACCAGCACUGCCUCCUGCUUCAGCCAGGCUUCAGUCAGCACUGAAUCACAGACAGCACCCACAGCCCUGUCCCUCCAGGCCCUAAGGACCCCAGACAGGCGCUUUGCCCGCCCUCCCAGAGUCACCUUGCCUAUUCCACCCCUCCACCGGAGGGUGCACAGCAAGGCAUCCCAGCUUCUAGCCCGCUCUUCCCUGAGCUAUGACCUGGGCCUCAGUCUGGAUCUACUGCUGCAAUCAGAGCAAGUACAAGAAGAGAUGACCAUGGCCCUGGAACCGCUGCCCUCCCUCCUGCAGCACAGGAUCCCACUACUGCGGCAGAGACAGCCCAAGGAGCCUCUCUCAAACCUCAAGGGCUUCUUUCCUGCCACCACAUAUCCCUACAAGCACUGCCCACUGCCCAUCAGCUUCCCAGGCUUUGUGCCCAACUCCGUGGUGCUGCAGCAGAUGUGGCCGCCCAUGGAGGGCAGCUACCUUGAAUCCCUGGCCCAGCUUGCCUCCAAGAACAGAUUAAAGCCUGGUCCAACCAUGGACAUGUGGCUGUCACAACACAGGUGGUCUAUAGGCAAGUGGCGGAAGAGAUUCAUCCAGUGGCUUCACAGGGAUUCCAGUGAGGAAGAAGAGGAAGAGGAAGAGGAGGAGGAGGAGGACAGCGAGUCGCUAGAGGCCGACUGGACUUCCCUAAGCCCAGAUACACGGCACUCUCAGCUAAAUUCUGGGGGGCCAGAGGCUUCGAACUCUACAUACUUGACCACCUAUGAGGCCCCAGGGACUAGGACCUACCUUGACCCGAAGUACUACUCUGGGCAUCUGCCUAGAUUCCUGUAUUUUUUUGUUAUCCAGAACUGGUUCAAAAAGCUGUUCCCCAUCUUCAGCCUGGAGGCCUACCCGGAGAUGGGCACUAUGGAGGGUCUGGCCUCAGUGUUCGUGGACCUGCUAGCAGAAGCCACCUGGGCAGACCGUGUGCAUAUCCUGCAAGCACUGCUGAGGCUGGUGCCCAAUGUGAGCCAAGAGCUCCAGAAACGGCUGCAUGGCAGUCUCUUGCAGUUGCUUAACCUGGAUCAGCCUCCUAGCCUUGAAGAUCCUACACAGAAGCAGUUUGUGAUGUUGGCCCUGCAGCUGCUCCUGGCCUGCUCACUGGAUUCUCGUGAUGUGGUGGUGGAGCUCAUGUCCUACUUCCUCUACUCUCCAGCUGACUACCACCCAGAGCUCAAGAAGCUCCUGGGUGGCCUAGGCCUCCAGGAUCCACAGGGCUUCCUGUUCAAGGAGAUGACAACCUGGGUCCGGGGCUCACACUUUGACUCCAAGGCCAUGCUGCGUGCACACUGCUGCCAGAAACUGGAGGACAUGAUCCAGCAGCUGAAGAUGGAAACCCCACAGCCGACUACAGCCAAGAUGUCUGUGGUGCUGCCCAAGGUCUCUGAGACCUCAGUGCCUGUGUCUCCUACCAAGGAGACCCUUUCACAGGCUUCCAUGGCCUGGGGGACAUCCACAAGCAUUCCGGAACUGCAGCAGGAGGCAACUAGCCCAGACCUCCAGGCCAAGCCCAUGCCUGUGCAGAUACACACCAAGCGGACCAAACACUUUCUCUAUGAGACGCUACAGAGCUUCUCCUUGGUGCCCCAGGCCCGUGUGGAUCCCCUAGUGCCACCUGUGCAGCGUGAUGAGUUGCUGCCUCUCGAAAAGACUGACUGGUCGCACUCCAAGAUGCUGGACCUGUGCACCAUUGAUGCACUGAACUACUUCUGCGAGAAGCAGCGUAUCCAGCAGGAGAGCUUGCUACAGCACACAACGUCACCCCUGCUAGAGCCCAACACUGUGGUACUGCCACCACGGGAUCGUAGGCACCACCCCAUCCUCCGGCUGCAGGAAACAAUGGCCCAGAGCUCUGGGAUGAGACUGAAGGGCCGCGCACUGUCCAGACACUGUGUCCGUGCACUGGAUGGCACCAUCCGUUCCCUGAAGCUGCCACUGCCUCGGGUGGAACUACAGCCCUUCCCCCCAGGCUGGCCCAAGCCCACUCGUGCUCAGCCCCCGCGGCUCCUGCAGCCAGCCCUUCAGCGCUACUUUCUUCUAGAAGACACAGACCCCAACAGCUACAACUAGUGGCUUUGGCCUGGUGCCCCUCCCACCAACUUGGGGACUCGUACCCUGCCCCAAGCCUACCCUGUGGCCCAGAAUAAAGUCCAGAGGCUGGGGUAGCACUUCA